UCUCUCCCGCCCCUCUUCUGCCUCUUUUCCUGCGCUGCAAGCUGGUUCGGGUACGACGUUGCAAAAUCGAUAACGGCGUCGUUGCUAAUCGGAUGCCUCGAUACCAGUCGCAUUGCUCGGGAAACGAAUUUUUCCCUGGUCGUCCCUUUUCCUUUUCCCCGGGUUGCAUCAAGUCGCGGAAGCUGCUGCCGCUCUGUGCGCGUUCUCGUUGCCUUUCUUUAUCUAGUUCCGUCGCUCGGACAAUGCGUCGACGAAAUUCUUCGACGACGCAACACGCAGUAGGCGUGGCGAAUCGUUCGUUACCAACCGGCGAAAAAGAGACGCAACGAUAUGACAAAAGAGAUGGACGAAUAAAAGGAUGGAUGGGUGCUCAUUAGAUGACUGUCGGUUUACCCUUGCAACAUUUUUUCUUUUUUUCCCAGUUUGACGCAACGACGAGAUUCGUUUCGGAAACUAGAAUUUUUCGGAGUCACCUGCGCACAAGCCUAUCUGACGAUUUUCGUUCGAUUCCGAACUUAGCUGUACUGACGUGAUCUUCCAAGAAUACAACACGAUGAUGCGCAACCCGUUUUUUUUUUUUUUUUUUCGAAUCAAAUAGAAAUUUAUCGCCCACUUUUUCCUGAGAUUAGUCAUUCGUUUGAUGAAACUUUAAUUGUGUGUCUAGCAAACUUUAUCUGAAUUUGACAAUUAAAUGAGACGAGGAUGGGCGUGGAGCUCCGAAACUUCUUUCUUACAUAAGAUUGUGUUUAAAAAAAUGGGUGUGUAUAGAGACACGUGCUUCUUGAAGAUUGAAUUUCAGUUGGCUCGCCGAUGUCUCCAAUUUUUAUGUAUUCGUACUUUUUUUUUUCCUACCUCUAGCAAUUUUACAUCUUUCUAUUUAUUCCACCGUUGCAAAGUUUAUUUAAGCAGCUAAGAAUAGUCGAGAAUCGAACGGAGCUAUCCAAAAUAAAAAUAAAAAUGAUCGAAAUCGAUUCGAUCCCAUGAGCGUAGAAUCUUCGAAUUUUCUUCCAUUCGACUUGCCUCUUCGUUGAACUUAAUUGCAGAAAAGUGCCUUCUUGGAAUGAGAUCAAUUAACCUAACGUAUGUCUACAAGGAUUUCCUCUGCUUUUAAAACACGUAUCGUGAUGCCCGAGAUAAAUAUACGUAUGAAAAAAAAAAAAAAAAAAAAAGAAACGUGCAUGCAGAAUCUCAAACUUGAUAGCACUGCGAGACAUUUUGCGAUCGAUCGAUUGCGAAGGGGGUGUGUCGAACAGUCUUCCUCCCAUUCACCCUGGUUUUACGCACUCUCUUGAGAAUUACGUAAGCCGAGACAAGCCAAGAAGAUGUAUGUGGCACGGAGAAAAGUACGUGGCUCUGUCUAUACUGUGGAGCCAUUCACUGUGGACGAUACGUGGCAGGCCAUGCAUUACAGCAUCACGAAGAAAAUACUCAACACUGUGUGUGUAUCGACUGUGAGAACCUGGCAGUAUUCUGUUACAUGUGUGACGAGUAUGUGAUCAACGAUACGACGAGUGGCCAAAUCGAGAAAAUACGUCGCGUCACAUUUCACAAGGACGAGCACAAGGAGAAUGAGGAAAACUGGAAUACGUCGCCGUCUACGACGCCGUCCUCGAGGAGAGAGAACAGCGACGAGAAUGACGCGGAUGCCCUGUGGAAGGCAGAGGUGGUCGUAAGGAACCUCCGGCCAAGGACAGCGCGGAAGAGGCUACAUUCGUUGGAUGGUACGAGCGGGGACAAUCGGCCGGCGACCAAGCGUAGGAGUUCCAAGAUAACCAAAGAAAAGAAGGUCGUCGGCCUAAGAAAUCUCGGCAACACCUGUUUCAUGAACGUCGUAUUGCAAUCGUUCAACAACAUCAGCCAUUUUUGCGAAUAUCUAACGCAGAUGCCGUGUCUAGAGGGUAUACCGUUCGACGAGCCACCCACACACAGAGGACGAAUCGUCACGCCUGGUCGAGCGAAAGAAUUCAUGAGCGACGCCCUGCUCGCGGAAGAGCUCAGGAAGGUUCUUCUCGGUCUGAACCUUGGUGGUUCAAACGGUCAGGCAAUUUCGCCAGAAUGUCUUUUUCUUGUUAUCUGGAAAGUCGUGCCGAGAUUUCGAGGCUACCAACAACAGGACGCUCAUGAAUUUCUCACCUACAUGUUGGACAGACUGCACACCGAGCUCUUGCAAUUGUUGCCCAGACUGGGACACGAACCUCUCGGUCUGCGCGGCAAGCAGAGCAUCGUCACGGCUGUGUUCGGAGGCACCCUUCUUAGCGUGGUCCACUGCAUGAACUGCCGUACAGAUUCGAAGACGCACGAGCCUUUUCAGGAUCUUUCGCUGGAUAUACCGGACAGACUGCAGAGACGAACGAAAGAACAGGAAGAAGUAUGCAGUCUCACGUACAGCUUAACGAGAUUCUUCAAAGUCGAAGAGCUGGCCGAUAGCGAACUGUACUUCUGUGACAAUUGCAUGGGAAAGCAGAGAUCCACCAAGAGGUUCUGGAUACAUAGGCUGCCUAAUGUGUUGUGCCUUCACAUUAAAAGAUUUAGGUGGUGCAAUUCCUAUCGUUCGAAGGUGGACACACAGGUAGAUUUCCCGAUGAAAUCACUUGAUAUGUCUGCAUUUACAGUGCGUGGCGUGAAUGGAACGAAAUUGGGCGCUUCGAAUAGUCAUCUAUACGACUUAGCUGCCGUUAUUGUACAUCACGGUUCAGGUGCUGGAACUGGACAUUACACUGCCUUCGCUGUUCACGACGGACAAUGGUUUCACUUUAACGAUAGCUCUGUACGACCAGCAACCACGGACGCGGUCGCCAAGUGUAAACCUUAUAUUCUAUUUUACGUGCGGAAAGAAUUCUCCAUUCCACCUCCUUUGUGACGUCGUUUCCCCAGUCAGUCCCGUCCUGAUGGUGCGAGCUUCGACGACGAUGACGAUGAGCGAAUGAACAAGAAGUAAGGGAAAUUUAAACACACGAAGUUGAACGGUGAAAUGGCCAGAUGGAAGAAACCAGAAAAAUCACGCGAGCAUUUCAAAGUUUCUAAAAGAGGAAGGAAAAGGACGCCCAUUUUGUUUUCUAGCAUAUUUUUCGGCAUUGUUUUUUUUUUUUUUUUUUGUGAAAAAUAUCGGUUGCUCAACAUCGUAUAGUAGCUAAAUACUACGACGAUUAGCACGAUGAUGAGUAUGAUAUUUAUACUUCUAUCUUCGUGGUCGUUCGAAGCGAAACCAAACUGUUCAAAUGUUCGCGAAUGAGCGACGAUUAAAUAUUUUUUAUGUAAUAUGUGUUUCGUUUCUAUUGAUUUAAGUUCCUUCGUGAAACAUAUCUCUGGCUUUUUUUUUAUAGUUAUCAAUUGUACGAUAAAUUAAUCGGCAGAUAAAUAGUAUCAUUACAAACGUACGCCGUUGACAUAUCGAUCAGUUGUUUCUGUAUACGCAUGUGUACAUGUAGGGACGUACGCCUCCGUGAAUCGAGAGCUUCCUCUCCUUUUUUAGAAACGGUAGAACGAAGAAGAAGAAGAAGAAAGAAGCGAAGAGCGAAAGAAGGAAAGAGCGUACUCUCGAGGCAGAUCGCAGAAACGCGUUGCCUUUAAAGCUGAUUUUCUUUAUGCUCCUUUUCGCUGGUCUCUCGGUGGUUGUUGACCACCUCUCUUCAUCGAAUCGAUUAAAGCUCCUCCCGGCCGUAUAGCGGAAUAACGCGCAAUGCGUACCUCGUAUAUAUAGUUUUAAACUAAAGCGAAAACGACUGGUCUUCUCGGUAGAUAGAUUUUUUCUAGGCUUAGAGAGCGACAUCAUCGUUAUUUCGAAGGAGCUGGUAAAACGAAAACACCAUAUAAAGCCAACCAACUCUGUUACUUUGAGAAACAUGUUACCUUCAUCCUCUUGGAUACUUACACACACGGCACGCGGAUAUGUGCAUAUAUGACACACAACACACACGGACACGCACACACACGAUUAUCGUUCGAGCAUACACGAAUCGUUUACCAUGUGUGUUGACAAAAUAUACGUAUGUAUGCAUGUACGUAUGCAAACACGUUCUCUCUUGUAUCCCGCCCCUCCCCUCCUUUUCCCCCCUGCGAUUCUCGACGACUCGACGACUCUUAUGUGAUUAUUUAAAGACUUAUUUUUUCUAUAAUGGUAACGAUAAUAACGAUAAUAAGUUAAAGAAUGCGUAGCAAAAGAACGUUUUAUUAAGGCGAUAACCUCGACAAACGCGCAUCUUCAGCAAAGACUCACUCGUAUGCAAAGAAAGCGAGAGCGAGAAG